AUGUUGAUGGCCCAGUUGCAGCACCCCCCUGAACUACUAAGGAAGGGGGCGAAAGGGCUCCCGACAGAAGGAGAAGGGAUGAGUCCCUUCUCGCCCACACAAGCUAUCGCCCCGAAAACAGGAAUCUCAAGGAGUCAGUUCUCUUUACCUUAUGAUUCAGAGGAGAGGAGAGACCUGGUAAGCGGUCACGGGGCCCUGGGCCCCAUCACGAGCAUCACCAAUCCGGUGGGGUCAACGGCCAGUACCUUCAGCAGUACGCCUCGCCUCACGCACACGCCCACCUCAGCUGACUUCCAGCCACCCUAUUUCCCACCACCCUACAACCUACCGCAGCAGCAGCUCGACUUCCACCACCACGCGGCAGCAGCAGCUGACCCUUAUGGACAUUUAAACAGCUUAGCUGCUGGUCCUCAACACCAGUACCACCAGUUGCAUCCAGCCGCGGGGCCUCCGCAGCGAACCUCAGCACACAAUGUUCAUGGUAGGAGAGCAGACGAUGACCCCCUGCAUCCAGGUAUGCAUCCGGGCAUCACUUCAUACGCGGACUCAGUCCGUGGUUCUGUCCGUGACCCUGGCUACGCGGCUGUUCGGAGGCCGGACGUAUUGGUGCACGGAGGACACCACGGACUCAGCGAACAGGACCUGCUCAACUUACACAACGCCACCCUUCCCGGCAUCGACGACGGCCAGGGUGGCAGCAUCGAAGAUGCCAACAGCCUUUUCCCUGGCGACCACAACAGCGUCAUCAGGAAAGGCCUGAAACCUCGGAACAGUGACAAUCAUAAGGAAAUGGUCAUCACAGGCGUCACCUCUCCGACCGACGUGUUCUGUUCCGUGCCCGGGCGACUCUCCCUCCUCAGCUCCACCUCCAAGUACAAGGUCACCGUCGGAGAAGUGCAAAGGAGACUCUCGCCCCCAGAGUGCCUCAACGCAUCGCUCCUCGGAGGAGUACUCAGGAGAGCGAAAUCAAAGAACGGUGGUAGGUCGCUACGAGAAAAACUCGAAAAGAUCGGCCUCAACCUUCCCGCGGGUCGGCGGAAAGCAGCGAACGUCACCCUCCUCACAUCACUUGUUGAAGGUGAGGCCAUCCACUUAGCCAGAGAUUUCGGCUACGUGUGCGAAACAGAAUUCCCUUCCCGGCAAGUAGGCGAAUACCUGUGCAGGAAUCACAGCGAUCCCAGUGAUCUCUACCGAAGGAAAGAACUGUUCCUCGCUACCAAGCAAAUAAUGAAGGAGUUCGUGGACCUUCUCAACCAGGACCGCUCCCCCCUCUGCAACACCAGGCCACAGAGCAUCCUGGAGCCCAACAUCCAACGACACCUCACCCACUUCUCCCUCAUCACGCACGGCUUCGGCAGUCCGGCAAUCGUGGCCGCCCUGACCGCGGUCCAGAACUUCAUGAACGAGUCGCUCAAGUACCUGGAGAAGCAACUCAACUCCUACCAGACGUCCGGGACAGUGCCCGGGGUGGACACCAAGAAGGAGGACGCGAAGAAGUGA